GCAGUUUUGUUAAGUUAGGCGAUGCUGAAGCGUUAAGCGCGUGGUCUAAUAAUCCUGGACUUCGUGGAAAUCCCGUAGUUUCUUGAAAAUCUGUGGAAUAAGAUUAUUUCAGUUCACUGUUGGUGCUUUCCAAGGACCACUUGAAUGUCUCACAAACAAGGGAAAUUGAGUCCUAAUACUCCCCAAACGAACCCAAAUGCUAUUGACCGUAAUGCGGGCCUGCAUGCACUGGAAUAUGAAGAAGCUAUGGAAGUCGAACAACCGUUGAGUGAUACUUCAGAACAUGAUCCAUCCUCAGAUGCAAGUCAGGAUGAACAACACCCUUGGUUUUAUAAUGCUAGUGUCAAAGGAUGCUGCGGGACAACUUGUGAACAAACAGAUGCUUCGGUUGAUGCCUUUGACGAAAAUGACGAAGCAAGAGCUUCAGGAGUUAUUGAAGGUGUCUUCGAAAACAUUUUACAUCAAAAAGUAUGUUUAUUUCAUUGUGACUGAAUGUUUUCUUCAUUAUGUUUGUACCCUGAUCCAGUGUUUGACAGAUUAUAUUGGUGUCCUAUGAUUUCUACGUAGUACACUUCUACAAACUCAUCACCGAGAGUUACGAUGUACGCAAGGGACCCUAAACUUCUUAAACGUACAAGUAAUAUCUGAUUAACUAAUAGUUAUAAUUAGUGUUUCGUGGUAAAAAAUGGUGAUAGACUAUUCCGUUUUUAUUGUACUUACGUUGAUCAUGAAUGAAAGUCUUGGAAACCCACUAGCUAAAAUGAGUUUAAUGUGAACUGAAACCAUAGAUAAAGAUACUGCUAAAAGGUGUAAAUGGUCUGUGAUGUCAUUUUAACUUCAUAACUUCAGUUUAUAAGCCAAAAUACAUCUUAAGCGUUUUCAAGCAUCCUGUCUUGACCGACUACUUCAACUAUCUCGUAUAUCUUUUAGAUGAAUUGUCUAAAUUGACUUUUUUUUCGUGGAAUGAUGGACAGCUACAGGUGUUUUCUUGAAUAAAACCCACAUUUACGAUGUCUGCAUUUCCCUUGUGAAGCCAUUCACUAGUCAGUACAUGAUAGUUUUCAGUAUAAGGUUGUGAAUUGCUUGAAGUUAAGCAUUAGUACUGUUGGAUGGAGGCUGAGCAGUCUAGAUGUUAGGCAUUCAGCCUGGGACCGGAGGUCCCGGGUUCGAUCCCCGCCCGUGGGGUCUUAGGUGCUCACCGUUGGGGAGUCCAAUACUAUUAUAUUAUAUUGGUACAAUCGGUAUGUGUUGAUAGUUGGGUUCAUAAUCUAUUUAUCGUAAUAAUCGUUUAACCAUUACGGAAUUUCCUGUGUACGAAGUUAGCUUCUCGCAUUUUACUUAAAGACUGAUGAAGGUUUUUCUCUGUCAGCCUAAAAUAUUUGCAAGAGAUCUUGAUAGCUAAAAUCAUUUGUUAAAAAAAACGAAAACUAGAGGUUAAAAUACAAAAGUCCUAUUGUUGUGUUAGAAGAAACUAACUAACCACUUAUUUGCUCAAGCUUACUGUACCAUAAAUUGGCCGUUUAUCAACUAUUAAGGCUUAUGGGUGUUUCUAAAUGAGGUUUCACUUGUCCGACCUUCAUCUAUAAAUAGGGUCCCCCCUAAAUAAUUGCGAAGGUAUUAUUCAGUAUUCAUUUAUAAUACUAAGUGCUUCUGUCUGCUCUUUGGUUUCAAACAUUGAUUCUAGGUAGUAUUUAUAUUUUCUUUCUUACGUCCUGAUUAAUAAAUUUCCUUUUCAAAUGUUUUCAGCAAAGUGCCGCACGUGGAGAUGUUCGCGUAAGUGUUUUCUAUGUUCGACAUGUUUUGGCUUUUCUCAUUAAUUUUUGAUUAUUUUUGAACAAUAUAGAAAAAAACAGUCAGUUGCCUGCCGUUCGGGACCUGGUACAUCUAUCUGUCGGCUCAAUUCGCCAAACUGAUUUAUCAAAGCAAGAUAAAACUGUCUAGGUAUAUGCUAAAUUAGAAGUAGUAAUAGUAUCAGCAGUAAUAGGAAAAAUUAGACACAAACAAUAUCACUGAAGAUAAAAAGAAUGAAUUCUCAGAACGAAAUGUAUAAGAUAAUUUUAAAACUUAUGAUCGAUGAGGAGACAGAGUGAAUACAUCUGUACGAUUUUAACCGGUUCUGAGCCAUGUUGCCCAGCGUCUCUGAUCGUUGGCUAUGAUAACUGAGCGAACUCCAACCGGGUAGCAUGUGGCUACUAAGGGUGCUAGCAAUAUGUGACAGUGUGUAUAAGUGCACAGAACACGAUGUCUGAUUCCACUAGUUUAUCUAGUUAUCGUAUCAUUUAUGACUUGUAAGCCUAUUUUUUAUUCUCCCUUAUACUUCUGAGAGGCCAAAGUUGUAUUAGCCGUCGUACAGAAAUGAUGAUAUUCGCCGAUGUGCUAUAUUAGGAUGAGUAAGUUUUUCCUGGUGUUUUCACAGAGGAGUAUAUAAUACGAUAUUACCUAAAAUGCUCCCGCUUACAUAGUAGACCUAACCUCUGGAAAGACACGAUUGUAUUUUGAUAGCGCGCUUAUAGUAAUAUUGAUAAUCAAUAAAGAUCGAUAUUAGACUACCUAAUUAACAAGUUCGGCAUGUGAAGUAAAGAGUAAUUUUCGGUCAGUGAGCGUACACUAUCAAGUUAAAAAGAUACAAGUUUGGGAAUCUUAAGGCAGGACAAUAGUCCAACUGGAGUUUAAAGUGGUACAGACCAAUAGAAGCAAAGUAAAAUUGCAGUUACUAAGACAAAAACAUACAGAUGUACCGAUUCACCUACUUACCACUACAUUUUGAAUAGAAUAGCAACUCUAUAUUCAUUAACCACAGAAAUUAGGCUUGUAAAUAUACAUUGAAGAAUAAUAAUGAGUAAUCAUUAUUAUACAGUACUUCAUUAUGUGAUAUAAAUUUUAGAACUGGUUAUACCCACUGAUUUUUAUCGUUUACACUUAAAUGUAACAGCAUAGUUUUCAUCUUUCACCAGAAUAGUGUAUAACUGUCGCCACUGAACUUACUGAUGUGUUUUGCAAGUAAAUACAUGUAUAUGUAUUUAAAGAUUUUCAUUAUGUUAGAAGGUAUAUUUUAUAACCCUUCGUUUUUCACCUGUAGUAGUUUCUGUGAUUAUUAUGAAAAUAUGACAGUCUAUGAAUACUAAUUCUAGUAAAUGAAUAUAAAAGUGGAGUUUCUCAGUCUUACAAAACAAUCUUUUGUAAAUAUUUACUUCUGUCAAAUGAAUUUUAGUAACUGCAAGGUCUCUGUAAUUUUAAUCCCCCUUUUUUAAGGUGGUUCGAGGAUCAGGAAUGAUUCGUUGUCUCCCGUGGAAAAUACUUGUAAUUUUUCAUCCAGCGGACGGCCAGUCGACAAUUGGUGUUUUUGUACAGUGUAAUGCAGACAGCGAAUCUCUAACCUGGAGUUGUACUGCCAAAGCAACUAUUCAGUUAGUUGCUCAGAGACCGAAUUGCAAGAAUAAAGAAAUGAAAAUUCAGCAUACUUUCACGCAUAAGGAAAACGACUGGGGUUUUCAACAAUUUAUUAGUUAUGACGAGUUGCUUAAUCCAGAGAGAGGUUUCUUAUCUCCAACAGAACCGAAAGAUACAAUUAUUAUCCGAGCUCAUAUUAAAGCUGAUGCUCCUCACGGUGCUGACUGGGAUUCCAAACGCCACACUGGAUUUGUUGGGCUGAAAAAUCAGGGCGCUACUUGCUACCUAAAUUCUCUCCUUCAAGCAUUGUAUUGCACAAAUAAAUUACGACGUGCAGUAUUUUUAAUGCCAACGGAAAGUGAUGAUGCCCAAACAAGUGUACCUCUGGCUCUGCAGCGAGUAUUUUAUGAACUACAGUUUAGUAGUCGUGCUGUAGGCACUAAAAAGUUGACUCGCAGCUUUGGUUGGGCUACUUUAGACUCAUUUAUGCAACAUGAUGCUCAAGAAUUAUGUCGGGUUUUACUGGACAACUUGGAAAACAAAAUGAAAGGCACUUCAGUCGAGGAUGUUAUACCCGGACUAUUUUGUGGGAAAAUGCUUUCUUAUAUAAAUUGUAUCAACGUUCCUUAUUCUUCUAAGAGAGAAGAAAAUUUCUAUGAUAUCCAACUUAAAGUUAACGGAAAUCGUUCUGUUUAUGACGCUUUCAAUGAAUAUAUUGCCAAAGAAACCCUCUCUCAAGAUAAUAAGUAUGAUGCUGGUGCCUAUGGGCUCCAAGAAGCUGAAAAAGGUGUUAUAUUCACACGAUUUCCUCCGGUAUUGUAUCUACAACUAAUGCGUUUUCAGUAUGACUUCGUUGCUGACACAAAUAUCAAACUAAAUGAUCGGUUUGAAUUUCCACCUAUUCUUAAGUUGGAUCAGUUUUUGGCUGAACCAAAACCAUCUACUUACAAACUUCACGCUGUACUUGUGCACUCCGGUGAUAAUCAUGGUGGUCAUUAUGUUGUAUAUAUAAAUCCAGCGCUAAAUGGCAUAUGGUAUCAGUUUGACGAUGAUGUUGUUUCACGUUGCUCACCCCGUGAUGCUAUCGAUAUGAAUUUCGGAGGUAGUGAUGAUCCUGAUAUGCGUCUUUGCACGAACGCUUAUAUGCUUGUGUAUAUCGCAGAUUCCGCUAAAGAUGAUGUUCUAUGCCCUGUUUCUGAGAUAGACAUUCCUGAGACAUUACGCGAGCGAUUCAUGGAUGAACAAAAAAUGGAUGAGGCUAAAAGAAAACAAAAAGAAAAGGUUCAUUUGUAUGUCGCUAUUCAGUUAAUACUUGAAGAGGACUUUUAUGGUUGGCAAGGUCCAGAUUUGUGUAGUCAGGAGUUAUUGCCAAGUCGGAUGUUACGCGUCCAAAAACAAACUGUUCGUCCAAAAUUAUUGGAGGAUGUGGCUAGUGUGUUGCAUUAUCAGCCUGAAGGAAUACGUUUGUGGCGGUUUCAACCUCGACGUAAGAACAUGCCUACUCACCUAAUUGAACUUUGUGAUAAUCAACCAUUAUGCGCUAUGAAAGAUGCUCUCAUAUUUUUUGUUCAGUCUGAUACUUCGACUAAUUCAGUUAUUCCUCGUCUGGAUAAAGAACAAACUGUGAUAGAUCGACACUUGUUUUUCCUCAAAUAUUUCGAUCCAUUCACUUGGACGUCAACCUUUUGUGGCCACGUGGAAAUUCGCAGAGACGAGUCGUUGAGGAUUAUUGAACCAAUAGCUCGGGAACGGGUUGGAUUGCCUUCUAAUUGUAAAUUAAUGUUUUUCCAAGAUGAUGCGAAAUCUUUGAUAUCUGAAAUUACACAACUUGAUAUCCCAAUAUCUAAAAUGUAUAAACGCGAUAUCCAAGGACAAAUUUUGUACUUUCAAGCUAAAUCGAUGAACUGCUCAAUCCCAUUACCCUUUGGAUUGAUGGAAACUACUGAGGUGGGGAAAGAAGCGCUGAGCAGUUUAGUAGAUGAUGCGAAUGUUUUGUCAUCUGUUGAAAGUCCUCUUCUUACUGAAAACAGCCAGGUUACUGGGAUGAAUGGUAUAGUCACUCCUUCACAUAUCGUGGACGAUAACGUUAGUGGUAACGCAGAUGUUUGCAGAGAUAUUUCAGAGUCUUCUGUUGUCUCGUUAUCAAAUAUUGAUUCUAUUACUUUGCAUAAAAUGGCUACUUUCCCAGCAGUAGCUGGCAAUAAAUCUCGAUCUUGUAUGAAUCUAAUGGGUCAACCGAUUGCGGCAGAUUUGCAAACACAAUCAAUCUCAUCUGCCGAAAAAUUGACGAUUUUUGAUUACUUCAGCAGUUAUAUACGUCAGUUCGAAAUAUUGUUGGUGGAUAAGCUUAGACCUCAGGACGCUGGGAUUCUCAUUCAGGUGUCAGCUGACCUUACGUAUUGGGAAUUCGCCAAUGUUGCUGCAUCUUACUUAUCAACGCAAAGUAACCGUCUUCAAUUUUUCCGUUCACAACAAGGAUUUGGGAAUGCAACAGAUGCUGCUAAUGCACCAAUUUAUGUCUCACCGGUCUCCACUGGGACUGGUGUCGCUGGAAGUGAACUUGCAUCUCCACCUAUCAAUUCAGAAACUACAGAGAAUAAUUGUGGCAAUAACAACGUCUGUUCUAUAGAGAGUGGGGGUGUAGGAGUUACAGGAACCCGUGGGUCACCAAUUCAUCCUCAUUUGUUAACAGCCAAAUCAUCUGGAUUCCCAACGUCGUCACCCUACUUAAAUUCACUUGUGGCAGCCGCAGCCGCUCAGGGUUUGAUGCGAGAACCUCCCGGCCCCGCAAUCAGCUCGUCAUAUUCUGGUACAUUGCAAGAAUUUUUCCUUCCGUUUACUGUUGCACCUACGAAUACUUCGUGGGCUUCUGAUGUUGGUGGUAUUGGGCCAGGUUUGGUUAACAGCGGAAAUACAUUGUCAGGAACUGGUGGAAAUACUCCCACUCCAGAUCGCUUCCCAAUACCGCUUAAUCGUUACUGUGGUGCUGUGACUGUUAGUCGUUCUCCUUUGGGUCCUGUUACUUCUUCCCCACCUCGUCGUGUGUACUACGCACAUCUGGCUAUCCGAAUUGAUGAACUUGAAACAAUGCGUCAAGUUCGUGUGAUUUAUGUUGGGCAAAAAUUAUCUGAAAAGGCAGAAUUAAUUCUUUCAGUACCCCAGAAUGGUUUAGUCUUAGAUCUUUUAAAAGAAGCUGCUCGUCAUUUAGUCUUGCCUCCUGGUGGUUCUGGCCAACUGCGUUUACUCAAAAUCUCUCGUAAUCGAAUUAUACAAGAGUAUCCUCCAACACAAAAACUUUCACUCAUACCUGAAUCUGCUGUGUUCCCUCAAACAUAUGCAGGGUCGUCUCCCAUUCACAGUCUUCGGAUUGAAGAAAUUCCUCUUGACGAAAUAAACUUGAAGCCUGACGAAACUGUAGUGUACGUUUCUCAUUUUGACAAAGCUUUCACAGAAACCUUCGGGGUGCCGUUCACUGUACGCAUUCGAGAUGGAGAGAAUUACACUGCAGUGCGUGAGCGUAUACGUAAGCGACUAGAAGUACCUGAGAAGGAGUUUGAUCGUUGGCGAUUCGCUGUAAUUUAUCCAACCGAGGGCGCUUACAUCCCGAAUGAAGGGGAUCCCACAGUGCAGAUAAAAAGGUUUACUCACUAUUGUCUUCCUGAAAGUCGCCCAUGGUUGGGAAUUGAUCAUAAGCCAUCUAAACGUCCUCGUUAUGCUCCAAACGAGAAACCUAUCAAGAUUCAUAAUUAAAAAAUUCAUUCAUUGAUUUGUUCGAAAUAUAUCUUCACUUCGUUUCUUGAGCGACUUAGUUUUGAAGAUACUCUUUCCUUCAGUUAUUUGCAGGCUAACUGUAAAACCAGUGACUUUUAACCAGCUUUUCAUAUUGCCAGUUGUGGAUGACUUUCAUAAGCUUCGUUAACAUAUUUAUAGGUUCGAUGGAUUAUCUUUUUCACAUUGUCAGUACUUUGAAUAAUUAUCUAGUACUCUUCAGUGCUUGUGUUUGUCACUUUCACUGUGGCAAUAUUCAUGUAAUUUCUUAGCUUUGCUGUUUGUAUUGUGCAUAUGAGACAAAUGUGAUGCUCUCAAAUGCUCAAGAUUCUUCGUACCUAUUUUGAAUUAAGUUGAGCUUGUCCACCGUCUACAACACCAAUUAUGCCGUAAAGUGUUGUUGUCUAACUGUCAACCAAAUUUAUGAAUUACUUCGAAGCAUUUUAGAUCAAUUGUAUUGAAUAAAAUUUAUCUGCACAGAAAAUCUGAUAUUAUUUAUUUGUACUUGUUUGCUUUGUUUGAACUAAUCAUUUUAAUAUCCUUCAUUUAGUUUUUGAGCUACAUACGUUAAGUGUUUCUCAGUCAGUCAGUUCACAGCUCUGACUUAUUAUCCCCUAAUUUCUCCAACUUAUCUGCAUAUACUAAUAGGCAAUGGUUUGUUUCAUUGGGAAUUAGUUUUAUUGUUGCUACAUCUGGUUUGUGUACAGAUAUAUAGCAUAGAAAUCUUAGGUGUAUUGUUUUAUUAAUACUAAAAGCUAUUUGACUUCAGC